CAGUGCCACAGGGUCUACCCACAGCCCCACCAAUAAUCGGCAACCACCAGUGGGACCAGCCAAGCCCACAGUUUAAUCAUACAGCCAAAACCUCUACAUCCCUACAUUCACACACUUCCUCCACACACCAUCCUCAAGUCACCCCAACUUCUACCACCAUCACCCCUUGAACUCCACCACUACAGGAACCAGCACCCUGUGGCCCCACCACCUCGCCACCAGCAGCAAGCUACCCACAACUUUCACCACACACUCCCCACCUACAGAGAGUAGUCCCGUCUCUUCCACAGGUCCUAUCACUGCAACAUCCUUCAAGAUCACCACUACCUAUCCAACCCCAUCACACCCUCAGACCACACUUCCUACUCACGUUCCACCUUUCUCCACCUCCUUGGUGACUCCAACUACUCACACAGUCAUCACACCUACCCAAACACAGAUGUCCACUUCUGCCUCCAUCCAUUCAAUGCCAACAGCACCAGUACCUACAACAGUCAAGGCCACAGGGUCCACCCACACAGCCCCACCAAUGACGGCAACCACCAGUGGGACCAGCUGCUCGAGCUCAUUCAGCACAGCCAAAACCUCUACAUCCCUACAUUCACACUCUUCCUCCACACACCAUCCUGAAGUCACCCCAACUUCUACCACCAUCAUCCCCAACCCCACCACUACAGACCGGCACCCUGUGGCCCAUGCCACCACCUGGCCACCAGCAGCAGGCUACCCACAACCUUCUACCACACACUCCCCACCUACAGAGAGAGCAGUCCCGCUCUCUUCCACAGGUCCUAUGACUGCAACAUCCUUCCAGACCACCACUACCUAUCCAACCCCAUCACACCCUCAGACCACACUUCCCACUCACGUUCCACCUUUCUCCACCUCCUUGGUGACUCCAACUACUCACAUAGUCAUCACCCCUAUCCACCCACAGAUGUCCACUUUCUCCUCCAUCCCUUCAAUGCCAACAGGCACCAUUUCUCCACCAACAACGGUCAAGGCCACAGGGUCCACCCACACAGCCCCACCAAUGACAGUGACUACCAGCGGGACCAGCCAAGCCCACAGCUCAUUCAGCACAACCACAGCCUCUUAUUCCUUCAUAUCCUCCUCCUCGUGGCAGCCCCCGAACUCUAGCUCAAGGCCACCGUCACCACCUUCUGCCACCACACAACUCCCCCACUUGAGUUCUGCAACCACUCCUGUUUCUACAACUAAUCAGCUCUCCUCCUCAUUUUCUCCCACUCCUUCUGCCCAGUCUUCUGUUUCUUCUCAUGUACCCUCCUCCCACUCCUCUCCCCAAACUUCAUCUUCAGCUGGUACAUCUUCCUCUGUCGUGUCCACCCCCGUGCACUCCACAACCCUGAGCUCGAGCUCACACUCCUCGUUCUUCACUCAUCCCACGACUGCAUCAGGGUCUGCAUCUCCUCUUUUUCCUUCUUCUCCAGCUGCCUCUACCACCAUUAGGGCCUCUCUCCCCCACACUAUCUCCUCUCCUUUCACCCCCUCUGCUCUACUCCCCAUAUCCACUCUUACUGUGUCUCCCACCCCAUCCAGUCACCAAGCCUCCAGCACCGCUGCAUUUCCGUCCACGCCCAGGACCACGGCCAGCACCUACACCGCCCCUGCCUUCUCCUCUCAGUCCACCACCUCACGGUCCACUUCUCUCACCACCCGAGUUCCUACGUCAGGCUUUGUGUCACUCACCUCGGGGGUGACGGGUAUCCCUAGCUCUCCACUCACCAACCUUACCACCAGGCACCCUGGUCCCACCUCACUGCCUACCACGCAGUUCCUGACCAGCUCCCUCACUGCGCAUGGAAGCGCCCCUGCUUCUGCCCCGGUAUCUUCUCUCGGGACACCUACGCCCACCUCACCUGGGGUCUGCAGCGUGCAGGAGCAGCAGGAGGAGAUCACGUUCAAGGGAUGCACGGCGAACGUGACGGUAACCCGCUGUGAGGGCACCUGCAUUUCUGCCGCCAGUUACAACACCAUCACCCAGCAGGUGGACGCCCACUGCGGCUGCUGCCGCCCCCUCCAAUCCUAUGAGCAGCAGGUGGAGCUGCCCUGCCCAGACCCCAGCGCGCCUGGCCGGCAGCUCGUACUCACCCUGCAGGUGUUCAGCCGCUGCGAGUGCAGCUCUGUGGCCUGUGGAAACUAGCAGGGUCGCUGCCUGCUCUCCUGGGGCUGAAGGACUGCAGAUGACAGACAGGACAAACACCCGCCAGCCCGCUUCCCACUUGUGCCGGCAGCUGCUUUCCUGGUCACCAGGCCUGGCCCCCAAGUGCCCCCGGCCGUGGCUCACCUGGGGCACCGGUGGGAGAGGGGCUGCCAAGCAGAGGCCCAGACCACCACACCCCUGCAGACCCUGAGCCAGCAGAGAGGGACUGAGGCGGGCAGUGGCCACGCACCCUCCCAGGCACACAGGGCACUCCCAACCACCCGUCUGCCAUCCAACACCUCCCAGCCCUUGAACUUGGCCCCAGCCCUGCUGGGCCCAGAACCCUGCAGAUGAGGCCAGAGCAGGCGCUGGACCAGACCCGUCAGGACCUGUGCCGAGAUGGGGGCAAGAGGUCCAGGCAGUCACCGACACAGAGAAGAGGAGCUCCCCAGAGUCAGGGAGGGCAGAGGGUGGCAGCGAGGGCAGGGCAGCCACCCCCGCUCCCAGCCAGGCAGAAGGCUCCCGCCAGCACCACACCUGUCCCCAGCAGCUUGUCCUCGGGAGACGGCGUCACCCGGCCAGAGACUCCAAAUAAACUGGUUCUUGUCAAGGCA